GGAGAGGCCGGCAGCUGUUGCUACCUCACAGCGGUCCCACCCUGCGCGACGAGGACCGCCCACGUCCUGACCAGCAGCUGAGCUGAGCGUCGGCGACUCUUCGGGAAGCUCGGCUGAGGGACGCCAGAGAGCGGACGGACCAGAAAUUCGAAGCUCCUUCCCGCACGCGCCACCCGAUGCCCCUUCGGCGGUCGAGUCGCCCGUGACGUCGGCCAUGUCCGGUCGGAGGCGGCCGGCGCUGGCCGCCCUCGGCGUGGCCUCCGUCCUCUGCGUCUACUUCCUGUCCGGGCAUCUGGAGUACCCCCUGGGGCUGUCCUGGUCCCACUUGGCCCGGAGCGAGCCGCGUCUCCACGGAAACCGCACGAGCCCCGCCCCCUCAGCGGCGACCCCGCGCGGCCCCGCCCCCGCCGGCACUCCGCCGGCUCCGGCCGACGUCGCGGCCACCCGCGGGGGCGUCGGCGCCGGGCCCGGCGAGGCUCCCUUCGUCGGAGACGCUUACGCCGGCGAAGACGUCCCGCCGCAAACCGACUGCCCCGACGGCAUCCGGAACCGCAUCCCCGAGUCUGAAUUUGCCGGGCUGUUCCUGAAGGACGUUCCGGUGCUGCAGUGGUCCAAACACGCCACGGCCGACGAAUACCGCCGCCUGGGCCCGUACGCCGGCGCCAACGGCUGGGGGGGCCUCACCUUCCAAACGCUGGCGGACGCGCUGGCGGCGCUCAACGGGUCCGCCAACGCCGCCGUCCUCGACGACUGGGAGGGCCGCGCCGGGUCGUCCCGCUGCAUCCGCUGCGCCGUGGUCGGCAACGGCGGCAUCCUCAGGGACUCCAAGAAGGGCGAGGAGAUCGACCGGCACCACUACGUCUUCAGGACCAACGGCGCCAUCUUGGCGGGCUUCGAGGAGGACGUGGGCGUCCGCACCACCCACUACAGCUUCUCCACCAACACGCUGAUCAACUCCAUGAGGAGCUACGCCUCCGCCGGCUACCGAGGGCCGCCGCGGUCUCAGGAAACGCGCUACGUCUUCCUGCCCGACCACGACCGCGACUACCUGAUGGUGAAGGCGGCGGCCCGGCGGACCCUCGUCGAGGGAGGACGCGAGCGAGGCAAAGAUCCCACGGCGUACUUCGGGAAGGACGUGACGGCGGCCAAGUUGAAGAUGUACCAUCCCGACUUCGUCCGCUACCUCAGAAACAGGUUCCUCCCGUCCCAAACCCUGAAAACCAAACACAAGAACAUCUACCGGCCGUCCACCGGCGCCGUCAUGCUGCUGGCGGCGCUGCACGCCUGCGACCGGGUCAGCGCGUACGGCUUCAUGACGCCCCAGUACAAAAAGUACUCGGACCACUACUACGACGACAAGUACCGACCCGUGGGAUUCUUCGUCAACCACGACCUGAUGCUGGAGAUGAAGCUGUGGCAGCGGCUGCACCGGGCCGGUCUCAUCGCGCUCUACAUGCGCUCCUGAGCACUUGGGGGCGCUUCUGAACGCCGCUGGACUCUCGUGGAUCCGGGAGCGAGCGGGCCCGGGUGCACCCGGACGGGUCAUUCGCGACGCAGCCAUCGAGCGAGCGCCCGCGCAAAGAGGACGGAGCCAAAAGCGGCGCCCCCGGCCGGACCGUUCGCCGUGGUCGGAAUUGGGUCGCGCGCUAGCCGCAAAAAUCGCCUGCCAAAGAAAAACGCGGAUUGACGUUUACGACGAGUUCUCGUCAACGUUCGAGAUGGCUUUUAAAAACUUGUCUUGGUUCUUUCCAGCGACACUUAAACCAAAUGUUUGAAAUGUUUUUGGGAAAUAUUUUGGAAGACGUUUUUGUUUUUGACACAGAUGUCUCCAAAUUAAUAUCUGAAUGAUAAUGAUUGAAAAUAAAAGCGGCCCUUUUCACCUGUUGUAGACAUUUAUUUUGAAGG